UUUUUUUUUUGUUACAUUCUUCCAAUCCAGUCUUCUUUCAUCAUCGAUUUGGGCAAUCAUACAAUGGAAGUUGGCGGCGAGCCCAUUAGAGUCCAGAGCCUUGCCCAAGCCGGUCUAACCCAAGUUCCUCUCCAAUACGUUCAACCUCCCCAGCACCGACCUAGACAUUCCUCUUCAUCUCCACCUAGCAGUAUCCCAGUUAUCGACCUAUUCGGGUUGGACCCGGCCCGACGAGACUCAGUCCGGACCGCUAUUGGGCGGGCCUGCAGCGGCUGGGGCGCCUUCCACGUCAUCGGCCAUGGAAUCUCCACCGAUUUGCUCCGGCGCGUGAAGCGCGUGGGACUUACCUUCUUCAACGAUUGCCCCAUCGCCGAAAAGGUCCAGUACGCGUGCGAUCCAACCGCCUCGGCCACGGAGGGCUACGGAAGCCGAAUGUUGGAGCGAGAUGACGCCGUUUUGGACUGGAGGGACUACUUUGAUCACCACACCCUUCCCCUCUCUCGCCGGAACCCUUCCCGGUGGCCCCACUUUCCGGCCGAUUACCGAUCGACGGUGACAGAGUACAGCGAUCAAACGGGGUUACUGGCGAGCGAGCUGCUUGAGUUGAUUUCGGAGAGCCUAGGGCUUCCUUCGAGAUGUAUUGAAGACGCUGUCGGAGAAUUCUACCAAAAUAUUACGAUUAGCUAUUACCCGCCGUGUCCUCAGCCGGAGCUGACUUUGGGUUUGCAAGAGCAUUCAGAUUUUGGGGCGAUUACGUUGCUGGUCCAAGAUGAGGUUGGGGGGCUUGAGGUUCUAAAAGAUGGAGAAUGGGUUAAGGUGCAGCCUUUGGAUGAUGAUGCCAUUCUCGUUCUUUUGUCUGACCAAACUGAGAUAAUUACCAAUGGAAUGUACAAAAGCGCUCAACAUAGGGCCAUAACUAAUGGCCAUCGAGCACGACUCUCAGUUGCUACAUUCCAUGAUCCAGCCAAAGCAGUAAAGAUAUCCCCUGCUCCUCAACUUUUGAGCAAGUCUUGUCCUCGGUUUCGGGGAGUUGUAUAUGGUGAUUAUGUGUCAUCAUGGUAUACAAAAGGCCCUGAAGGAAAACGGAACAUCGAUGCUCUUCGGCUUGAGUCUUGAUUUUUGGUUUGAAGUAGCCUCACUCCCUUCUUUUGCUCCCUCGUUUUUAGUGUUUGUACUACUUUCUUGUGGAUGAUCAAAAGUAGAAAAUGAAAUAUAGGUUUCUCCCUUGUCCAUAGUCAUCAUUUUGCAAUAAAUUCUGCCUUCGUGUUAUCUUAUUUCAAGUUCAUAGAUAAAACUUCAUUCUUUCAUCAAAUUCACUUGCAUAAUGGUUUGAAAGGUGUCUCUUGUCUCCCUUGCAAUUGUACUAGGCCAUCUGGAUUGACAUCUGAUAUGUUUUGGACUGCAAGUAGUGGAAUGAAUGUGUACUGGAUUUGGUUGCAGCUUACCGAGAGGCCUAGAAUGUUGUUUCCUGUCUCCCACAGUCGGGUUCAUUGGCCAUUUCUGAAAUCAUCACUGCAUGGGGGUAUGUUUGUUCUUGGACAUGUACUAGAAAUUAACAGGCUUUUCGGGAUUUGGUAUACACCUAAGGUGGAAGACUUGGAAAGUAAUUCAACAGAAUUGGUUUCUAGGAGAAAAGAACACUGAACCCAAAUACGUUCUUCAUGUUUUGAUGCCCAUUAGUUUGUAAUGACAAUUGGAGUUAGAUUCUCAUCAUUGACUUCUGUUUCUUUUAAUCUUGUGUUGGUAGCUCUCAAAAUCUGGAUAAACUAGGACAAAUUAUCCACAAGGGAUGAUGCCACAAAAGAAUGUUUGCCUUGUGUGUGGUAGUUAGAAGUAGUCAGUUCAUUUGGUUUUAUUUCAAAUGUUGAAUACUAGUCGAUUGGACACAUUGGCUAGACAUGAAUAAUUAUAUGAUGAUGAUGAUGUAAAGUGAGUCUCCUACAAAUGAAUAAUUCUUUCAUGACGAUUGUCUUCA